AUUGCAGGAUUGCUCUUUCAUUGCUCUCCCCAGACCUCAGUGCUUCAUUUAAAAACAUCAGUCACUCAAUUCGUAUUGGUAAGACCUGGCUAGAGACGGUUUUAAGUGUUGUCCUUGCACUUUUGACUGGUAGGGGUUGGUUCUGAGCAGCCAUGAGCUGCAAGGGGUCCCCUUCCUGCUUGGAAGCUGGGCUUCGGGGGAAUUUUACAACAUUGUGUAUUUUGUAUGCUUCCUUUGACAUCCCUACCAAUGUACUUCUUUAAUUACAAAGCUACAGGAGACAAGUGCAAGAGGGGUAAUAGCCUUCUGUUCUUCAGCCAUGCUCUGUCCUACUUUCAGUGGCAAUGAUUGCCAGUCACCUUGUUACUAUGUUACUUGGUAAAUGCCACUACCUUUUCCUCCAAAUGUCAAGUUCGGGGAGAUUUAACUUCCAGCCAAGAAAUAACCCAUCUGACAUCUGCAAACAGCCACCCGAAGUUUCUGGCAGUCAAGUCGUCAUGGCAGACCUGGGCUGCAAAAAGCCCAGUGACUGCACUGUCUCCAGGCUACUCAGCGUAGUGGAGAGCGAACUCCGGGCUGGGAGAGACAAAGGCGACCCCACUGAGAAGCAGCUCCAGGUCGUCUUAGAGGACGCUACGCUCUGGCAGAGGUUCAGGGAAGUCACCAAUGAGAUGAUCGUGACCAAGAACGGCAGGCGGAUGUUCCCUGUUUUGAAGAUCAGUGUGUCAGGCCUGGACCCGAACGCCAUGUAUUCCUUCCUGUUGGACUUUGCCCCGACUGACGGCCACCGCUGGAAGUACGUCAAUGGAGAAUGGGUGCCAGCUGGGAAACCAGAGCCACCAAACCACAGCUGUGUCUACAUCCACCCAGAUUCUCCCAACUUUGGGGCCCACUGGAUGAAAGCUGCCAUUUCCUUCAGCAAAGUCAAACUUACCAACAAGCUCAAUGGGAGUGGGCAGAUAAUGUUGAACUCUCUGCACAAAUACGAGCCCCAGGUACACAUAGUUCGUGUAGGAGGCCCCCACCGGAUGGUGAUGAACUGUUCCUUCCCUGAGACUCAGUUCAUAGCUGUGACUGCCUAUCAAAACGAAGAGAUAACUGCUCUCAAAAUCAAGUAUAAUCCCUUUGCCAAAGCCUUCCUGGAUGCAAAAGAAAGAAACCAUCCCAAGGAUGCUCCAGAAGCAGUCUCUGAAGGUCAACAUAUGACAUAUUCUCACUUGGGUGGCUGGUUGAUUUCCAACCCAGAUACAGUGUGUGCAUCAGGAAGCUCUAAUUAUCAGUACGGUGGACCCUUGCCUCUGCCAGCUCCGCACGCUCCCCAUGGUUGUGAGCGAUAUUCAGCACUGCGAGGUCAUCGGGCUGCUCCAUACCCACCUUCCUACAUGCAAAGAAAUCAUUCACCUACAGUGAAUUUAUUGGAAAGCUCCAGCAAUAAUCUUCAGGUAUUCUCAGGACAUGACAGCUGGACUUUGCCAUCCUCUCCACAUGGUAAUUUGCUCUCAGUGCCACACACCAAGGGAGCUGCCAGCCCUGGGCCCAGCCACUACCCUUGUCUGUGGACAGUGAGCAACAGUGCUGUAAAUGUCACCAAUCCAGGAAGUGAGGUGAACAGCAGCACUUCAAGCAUGUUUCUGAGGGGUAAUGUCCCCUUACCCACUGCAUCUUCAUCAGUCCAAAUCCCUCUGCAGGGAACUGUGUCUGGCAGCAUGGAAGCGCAAGGGGAAACCACACUAGCCAGGCUAGCCGACUCUGCGUGGACAUCCUCACACUCCUUUUAAUGGACAGGCAGCUCACCAGGAAAGCUCAGACCAACAAGAGUAACACAAAUGGCAAAGGAUCCCCUGGAAAUGCAGCUCAGAACAAGGAUAUGUAUGCAGAAAACUCUUCACCAAGCAUCACUGCAUAAUGUACCUCUUGUGUGCCAGAGAAACCAAAAUGCAUAAUGCAAGGCAAAAAACGUUAAAGGAACUGGCUUGUUACUGUAAUCUUCCUGCAUCGUUGAGGAUGAUGUCCAGAAAGAAUCUUUAUAGUUGGCUUUGCUUCUUUAUCACAUCAAAACAAUCAGAGACAUGGGACUGCGUGAAGCAGACAUGGUGGUUAGAUAUUUGCAUGUGGUUUUGGAAGAGUCCUUUCUGUAACUAAAGACCAAGUCCAAGGAAAUUGUGAGCAAGUUUGCAACUGGUAAUCUGAAGGGACAGCACUGCUUUAAAGACUUGCUGAAUUUGUCAUAUGAGGGUUUCUGUAAUACCUGAAACUAAGCUCUUCAGGGGAUGUGAUUUGUCUGACACCCUAAUGCCACCUGCAUACAGUAUUCUCUUACUCUCUUUCUCUUUACCUUCUCCAGCUCCUGUGCUCUUUCUGUGCUAUAGGGAUAAUGGACAAACUCAAGCUGAGAAAGUGGCUGCAUUGUAGCAGCAGGUGAGGGGCAUCUGGUUUAGCAUUUAUAGUCUGAUGUGAAAUUAAAAGUUCCAAUGUUUUCUGUAUGUACUGUUUUUGAGAGGGUGGAGGGAAAAGACUUUAUAGAAAAGAUAUUCAGCUUGCAUUUCCACUUUGCUUCAGGUACAGAGUACAAAUAAAAUAUCAAUCA